AUGGAGGACGAAAUGCAGGAUAUGAAAAAGCAGGGCGAAAGUAUUGCCCGUACGAAGACCGAAAUCGAUAUCGAAAAUCAUGUGCUCCAAGCCACGGUCAAACUGUCGGAUGACUCCGAAGGAAGGGUGUUUAGCCGCUCGCCCCGUAACAAGGACUUCCUGUUCUCGUACAGCUGUCACAUCUGCGGUGUCCCUUGUCUGGUUGGUGAACGGAUGCUGCAGAUUCACAUGGCCGGACGCCGUCAUCAAGCCCGGCUAAAUGUGAACGUGUUUGACGCCGAACAGUAUCGGGCUUCGUUGGUGACAAAACCCAAACGUAAGACAAGUGAAAACUAUCCACAAGAACCACUCCUGGUAACCUGGGCUUCUUAUGGUAUUUCAGCAUCAUCGGGAGCAGAUGGUACGUCGACCGCGGACUCCACGGACGGUGCCCUAGCCGAAGGAGAGAACAAACCCGCGGCGCAGCUUCAAGGCGUGCUGGAUGGCUACAGAGCGGGGCCGCUCGUGGGUUUAGAGUACAUCAUUGAGUUAAAGGGCAAAGGGCUUACCUACCAGUGUGCCCUGUGCGAUGUUCGCGGUAAUACUGAGAGUGGUAUUACGACCCAUAUGAUUCUGCCCGAGCAUCGCAUAAAGUUUCUCGAGAAGCACUACCCAACGGUGAUGAAGCAUCUCGCACCGUACCGCAACAAGGCCGGCGCCGAUGCGAAGGAAAGUGUGUUUUGUCGGGUAGUGCAAACGGUUUGCGAAGCGAUCGAGGAUCAUCACGGACGAAUGACACCGCAGGCGUACGAGUGUGACGAUUUCGUCCGCAACAGGACAAAGUACAUCCAGGCGGUGAAGUUUGGCCAGCACUUCGACGAGCAUACUGGGCCGAAGUUUGUCGAGCUGAUCGAUAAGAAGGUACUGCAAGAUUUGAAGUCGGCCGCCCAGGAGAACCCAUCAGCUUCGGUCGAUGGUGAAAGGGGAGGCGGCGGUAGUGGUGGCGGUGUCGGUCACCGAAGGUAUCGCAACCGGAACGAGCGGGGUAGUCUCGAUUCAAUUUCUAGCUUAAGUAGCGCCAAUUCGGUGAUGAGUAUUUCAUCGAGUGGCGACCAAAACAAUGAUCGCGAGCGGUUGCGCAAGCGAAGCCCCUUGAAUCGUGCUCGACAACCGGGUGGGGUCGCGAAAUUGCCCCCCAGGAAGAUAGUUCCAUCACCAGCGGAACUGUCGCGACAAGCGGAACAGUUGGCGCACGAGCGCUACAAGUGGGAAAAGUAUCGCUGCACUGUUGACCUGGCCGUGGCCCAGUUGACGAAACAAAUGAAGGAGUACGAGAAAAACCCGGAAAAACAUCCAAAGUACUCGGAGGAGUGGAAAAUGUUUUGGAACCGCCGGUACAAGGAGCUGCAGGCGGAAAAGAAGGACCCCCAGAAGCACAACUUCAAACCGGAGUGGAUCGAGUACUGGACGAAGCGCAUGAAGGAUCUCCACGACGAGGAGGUGCAGCGCAAAAAGCUCGAAGUGCGCACAAAGUUAAACUUAUCGGCGGAGGAGGAAGAUCGAACGAAUGAACUGCGGGAACAGUACACUCUACAUGUGCCGCCAUCGAGUGGGACGACGGCAGCGAAGGCCUCCCGUUCGAACGAUUCCAAAGGCAGCUACCGUGUCAGUAAUUCGGGUGAAGAUGAAGCGGACUACAAAGGUGGACAGCCCCGCCAGCCGGCGGUUCGUAGCCGAAAGCGUGCCGUUGCCGGUUCCGGAUCACACUUUGCCGAAUGGGAAGCGCCAUCAUACAAGCGUGCUACAUCGCAUUCGCGCCGCUCCCGCAGUCCGAUCAGCGACGAUGAGGUCUCGUGGAUGUCCCGUGGAACGUCGCAGGUGGGAAGCAAGCGUUCGGAGCCGGCAACAGUGCCGGACCAUGUGGAUUAUGACGAGUGGGCUAAGAACUAUUACGGUCCUAACAAUAAGGUGUUCGUACGCACGGACUUUGAUGCGAGAAAUGCGGAAUCGAUCAAUUUCAUUGCUGUUUUUCGUCUGCUGACCGCGUUAGAAGACUACCUUGGCAGCCUGGGACCGAAGGUGAUCGAUCUACUGUCGAAGGGAUUGGCGCUCGAAAAGGUUAAGGCGAACUCGGCCGACGAUUUGCUGAUGAACGAAGACAACAGUAUGUUCCUGGAAACGGUGAAGGAGAAGCUUAAGGGUCACAUGAUGGCCGGUACGAUCGAUCCCCUCAAGGUGUCAGCGAUCAAGAAGGCAAUCCAGAACAUCGCUAGCCUGCUGCAUGAGGCUUCCAAGCGCGAGCCAGUGGCACCAAAACCGGUGGAGGAAGAAGUGUCGCGUGAUUCACAGGCCGCUAGUGAGAGUGGUGCGGCAUCCAUCGCUGCCUCUUCCGACCGUGGGCGUAGCGGACUCGAUAAGGCGGCCAUUGCCGGGCAACUGGCGAAGGCGUUGGUGGCUCAGGGUAAGAUAGAUUUUUCCACCGAAGAGCUGGAGCAGCUUAUCAACGUUUACAUUGCGAUGGUGGAAAUAUCACGUGAAAGAAAAACCAUCAUCACCACCAAGACCUAUCUGACCGCACUAUCCGCAGGGGGCGGCGGUAGUGGUGUAAGAGUUGCUAGUGAUGCUGCUGACGACGGUGGUAUGAUGCACAGAGAACAACCGGCUGCGAUGUUAAGCCUAGGGCCGAUGUUUGAUCGUACGCGAAUCGAUCCAUCGGCGAUGAACGUUAGUCGAAGGGUGCCGGAAGUUGCCAAAAAAGUGACACCUGCACCGAUCACCAACAUCAGAUCAUCGACGAUGUUGGAGAACAUAUCCGAUUCCGAUUUGCAAACACUGCUUAAAAAUUUCAAAGACCUUGUGGGUGAAGAACAGAUGCAUCUGAUAUCGUAUUUGCGGAAGCUGGAGCGUUCGGAACCAGAGCGUGUAGAGCGUUUGCGCCACUACGUCGACUUCGACUCGUGGGACAGUUCUGCUGUGGCCGGCCGGACGUCGGAUGACGAACGGAACAGCUAUCAGGAUCCAGAUGAUGAUCUCGAUUUCGAUUCCUACCGACAGACCGCACCGAGUCGGCAGUCUCCGUUAAAGCACCGAAAUGUGACACAAAAUGUUCCAUCGAGUGGCACUCUAACCCAAACGAACCUGCAAUUAGAGAAACAGACCAAACAGGCCAAGCAGUUCAUGGAUGAUUCCGAGGACGAUGAGGAUUACAGUUAUGAUGAUAUUUUACGUGCGGCCUCGAAGAACGUGUCGUCACUACCAGCCAGGGAUGUGAGUGAGGCACAUGACACCAGUUCCAACCACUCACAGCGUCUGAAUGCACCGGACGGGGCUGCCAGUGGUUCAAAUGCACCGGUUUCUUCGCUCGCCGAUACCAACAACUUGGUUGCGAAUCUGAUGGAAUCACUACAGAAAUCUUUCACAGAUGCUUCCAACAAAGGGACUGCUGGCUCUGCUGGAAAAAGCGAUUACUCGAACCCCAUAACGACCAUCGGGUCGCUGGGUGGAAAUGGAACACAGGAUACGGACGGUGGAAUGCCAGCGGCAAAAGGAACGAACAUUCAAGCGAUCAACUCUUUCGGUACAAACGGGAAGGGACCGAACGCUUCUGCGAUGGGACCGUUCUAUCCACAACAAGCCAACAUGCAGGCGAUGAUGCAACAGCAGCAAAUGGCUGGUGCCUUUGGUCAGCAGAUGCCCCAGGGACCGAUGCAACCUUUCGGACAGCAGUUUAUGUACCAAGGGCAACAGCCGUUUGUUGGAAACAUCAACGGUAGCCAGCAGCAGAUGCAAGCGCAGCAACAGGCGGCCCAAUUCGGUUACGGAAAUUAUGGCAGUUAUUAUUGAGCAGAAAGAAAACCCUGAACUCCCCACUUUCGUGUGCGUUCACUGCUUUUUUGCACUUCAACAACACGAAGCCAUUUUUAACAAGAAAGUACGAGAAU